AUGAUGAGAAACCAGCCUUACGUGGGGUCGCAGCACUAUUCCUCCCAAAACAUGGCUGACGGCGGAGACCUGUCCUACCUCGAUUACUAUUUUGAGCAGGACGCUGUGCCUGAGUCUCUGCCGGCUCCGGUGAACCCGCAGGGGAGCAAGAAGAGGGGGGCGUCGGCGAUGGAGGUUGACGCGCCGCAGGGGCAGGGGGAGCCGGGGUUUAAGAGGCAGAACUCGCUGUGGGAGUCAAUGGAUACCAGUGGCGGGCUAGCGCUUCAUGUGGUGGAGUCGUCGGUGGGGUUUGGGGUGCCGCAGGUGCAGGGCAUGGUCACCCUGGGAGCUGAGUGGACAGGAGGGGCGCCGUGGGUCUCGGAGGCGCGGGGGUCCAAGAGGCAGCGCUCGCCGUCGGGCUCGAUUGAGACCGCUAGCGGCGGGAGCAACGAAGACGGCCGAAGCGAGAUGGUGGAUGAGUCUGUGGCGCUGGCCACGAUGACGGGGGAGAAGGGCGUUGGCGGCGGAGGGAGGCGGCUGUGGAAGAAGGACCGCCACAGCGCGUGGUGGGACACGGCGAGCAGCCCGGGCUACCCGGCGGCGGACUUCAGGCACCAUUUCCGCAUGUCCCCCUCCACGUUCCAGGUUCUCUGCGAGCAGCUGGCGGCCGCCGUCCGCAAGGAGGACACCGCGCUACGCGCCGCCAUCCCCGUGCAGAAGCGCGUCGCCGUCUGCGUCUGGCGCCUCGCCAACGGGGAGCCCCUCCGCAAGGUCGCCGAUCGCUUCGCCAUCGGGGUCUCCACCUGCCACAAGCUCGUGCUCGACGUCUGUGCCGCCAUCCAGGCCACGGUCGCGCCCAACGUCAUCCGGUGGCCGGACGCCGCCGCCAUGGCCACCAACGCCGCCAAGUUCGAGGCCUUGUCGGGCAUCCCGGGCAUCAUCGGCGCCGUCUACACCACCCACGUCGCCAUCAUCGCGCCCAAGCACCACGUCAUCAACUACUUAAACCCCCGCGCCACGGCGCGCAAGAGCAAGACCUGCUACAGCAUCACCCUGCAGGCGUCGGUGGACGCGGACGGGACCUUCACCGACAUCUGCGUCGGCCCAGGUGCCAUGGCCGACGACCAAACCCUCCUCCUCUGGUCGAUGAACAAGCCCAAGCUUACCGGGGAGACCCUUGGCCAGGGCAUGCGCCUGGUCGGCGGCGCCGGCUACCCGCUCACGGACUGGAUGCUGGUGCCCUACUCCCACCAGAACCUGACGUGGACGCAGCACGAAUUCAACGAGAGAGUGGCAAAGGCGCGCGCCGUGGCCGUGACCGCGUUCCACAAGCUCAAGGCGCGAUGGGCCUGCCUCCAGAGGCGCACCGAGGUCAAGGUGGACGACCUUUCCGUCAUGCUCGGCGCCUGCUGCGCGCUCCACAACAUCUGCGAGCGCAGCGGCGAACCGUUCGACCUCCAGCUGCUGCAGGGCUUGGAGCUCGACCUAGACGACGACAACCACAUGGUCGCCAAUGACCCCGUGCCCUCCCCCGCCGCUGGGCAGAUGCGAGACACCAUCGCCCACAGCAUGCUCCACCAUGGCAAGGUGGCCGGCGCUGGGUCUUUCUACUAG